UACCAGCCAGCCUGAACAAGCCAAGAAUCAGUUCCAACCUGCAGGCACUCCCAGCCCCAUUUCCAGCUGACACGUCCACAGCCCCUUCACCAGAGCCACAGAGUUUCUCUCGCUCCUGCCUGUACUUCUGCAGAGGGAUGGGUCUGCUCCUGAAGAUUUGCACCCCCUUGCUGGGUCUGGCCUUGGCUGUUUAUUUUUAUUCAGCACCCGAGAAUUUCAGCGAAGAGAUGCUGCGGGGGAAGCGGGUGAUCGUGACGGGCGCCAGCAGCGGCAUCGGGGAGCAGAUGGCCUAUCACCUGGCGCGCAUGGAGACCCACCUGCUGCUCACCGCGCGCACCGAGGCCAAGCUGCAGAAAGUGGUGGAGCGCUGCUUGGAGCUGGGCGCUGCCUCUGCACGCUACGUGAGCGGCUCCAUGGAGGACACCACGUUCCCCGAGGUGGUGGUGAAGGAGGCUGAGAACACCUGGGGAGGCCUCGACAUGCUCAUCCUAAACCACAUCGGGUUCAGCUACUUCAACUACUUCAACGGGGAUGUUGGGCACGUACGAAAGCUCCUAGAAACCAACUUCCUCAGCUACGUGGCAAUGACCAUGUCUGCCCUGCCCAUGCUAAAGGAGAGUGAGGGCAGCAUCGUGGUGGUUUCAUCCAUAGCAGGUAAAGUUGGCUCUCCGUUUACUGCUCCCUAUUCUGCAACUAAGUUUGCCUUAGAUGGAUUUUUCAGCUCCUUGCGACAGGAAUUCAUCAUAGACAAGGUCAAUGUCUCCAUCACACUCUGCAUCCUGGGCUACAUCAACACAGAGAGCGCCGUGCGAGCCGUUUCCCACGUCAUCCAGGACAAGCCAGCGCCGAAGGAGGAAUGUGCGCUGGAGAUCAUCAAGAGCGGGACGCUGCGCCGGCGGGAGCUGCACUACCCAGCCCUGGUGGCCAGCAGCAUGGUCCUGCUGCGGGCCAUAGCCCCCGACUUCCUCGACUCCCUCGUCAGGAGCAGCUACAAGGUGGAAAACAUCAAAAGAGCGUAGCCCCCAGGGCAGCAGGCACCCAAGGACACCUUGGGCCAGGCACGAGGGAUGGGGCUGUCAGUCCAGCUGCUCAGGUGCCCGUGUCCUCGCCACCAGGACAGCCCUGUGCAACACGCCCUGGCAACCUGAGAUGGAUGCACCAAAAGCCUGGCACACACAGCAUGAAAAUGUCCUUUUAAAGUAAUGAACGGUUGCAAGUGGAUUUUUCCGAUCAAGAGGCGCUUCAGAGAAGCUCCUGGCAGCAAGACCUGCUCACCAGCAGUUUCCUGCUCACCCUCCAGACACUUUCCCCAGCAGCAGUGGUGGGAGCACCAUGGGCAGCAGGAACAAGGAUCUGGGACCAGCAGCACAAACCACCCAAAGCCACAAGAGGGUCUUUGUGCCAGGACAUUUUUUGCCAUGUAUCCCUACUAGAAUAGUCUUUGUAAAAAUAAAUCUUACGUUACUUUAAGAGA